AUGCUGUUGAAAUCUCUAAGCCCUCUUUUGGGCUGCCUCGCCCUCUCCCAAAGUGUUGCUUCAUCACUGUUGCCACGCGAUGGCGAUGACUCUGGCGGGCACACCUGGAUCAACCACGACGCCGUCGUCCCCUUCACCCAAAAGCCUUCCGUGGUUGGAGGAAGCUUGGAACUUCGUUUCAACCCUUUCCUCUACGUUUCUGGAGGUUGCGACCCUUACGCGGCGGUGGAUGCACAGGGCAACCUUGGCGCUGGUCUGAAACCCACCGGUGGCGGCCGAAGUGGCUGUGGUGACGGUGGCUCGGCUCAAGUCUACGUCCGUCGUGGAGAGAGCCAAGGCCGCAAGGCAAUUGUCUACAGUUACUACAUGCCAAAGGUUCGUUGGGCUAAGGGUAACAACAACGGUCACCGCCACUACUGGGCCAGUGUUGUUGUCUGGGUUAACCGCUUCGGCUGCGAUGACAGCGACAUCACGUCCAUCUGGCCCGUUGGCAUCUCCUACACCACCGACCACCUGAACUGGGGCUCAGCCUCUGCCGGAGAAGUCUCGUUCAGAUCCUCGGAUGUGGGCAUCGACAUGGCCACACAUCCCAAGAUCCAAAUCCACGAUGAGGCUAUUGCGCCCUUUACCGGCGCCGAUGGCGACAAACUCUUCGAGCGUACUCUCAUCAGCUGGGAUUCCCUUCCCGCGGCGGCAAAGCAGGCACUGAAGGACGUCAAGUAUGAAAAGACUCAGGUCCCCUUCACUGAUGAGCACUUUCAGGCUCAGAUUGAUGCCGCUUACCGUGAUGGCUUCUAUGCUGGUGUCUCAAAGGAGCCUGACUGCCCUUCGAACGAUGUGCCUCCUGCCGACAACCCGCCCGUCACUGCGACGGCUGCGACUCCCGAACCUACUGGCUUGGACAAAUAAGCGAUAGACAGUUUGUAAGAAGUUUUUCGAGCUAGGGGAAGCUUAUUUAGUAC